AUGUAGCAUACAUGUUCCAGCAAUCAACUAAUCUAAUAGCAGCUGUGUGAACAGAAAGACAGGCGUAGACAGCAAGCUCACAAGGUGGUGGUUCGAAAAUGCCAUCCCCAAUUCCCCCUACACGCUUGUUAGCUAAAGAUAUUUAUCCAUCUCUCGAUUUCGGAGCUUGCAGCAGUCCGUUGGUAAAGUAUUCCAACGAUUCCACUCUAAGAGUUCCAACUCAACGGUUCCAUGGUAAGGUCGCAACCAGACUAUGGUCGUCCACUAUUCAUUGGAAGAAAUUACAAUCCAUGCAGCCCAUUGGAUCUGGUGGGUUUGGGUCGGUUUAUAAAGGUGUGUACUUUGAUGAGAUUGUGGCUGUCAAAAAGGUGAAGAAGUGCGUCAAGAAUAAGCUGGCAUCCAGACAAAGUUUUUGGGCUGAACUAAAUGCAGCCCAUUUACGCCAUACAAAUGUAGUGCGCAUUAUUGCCGCUACCACGUGCAUACCAGAUAAUCUGGAAAACGGGGACAACAUUGGUACAAUCGUAAUGGAAUACGCAGGUGAACGAAAUCUACACCAGGUAAUUUACGAUUGCGCGGAGGCGCUUGAAGUGAACAGGUGGACUAAGUUUGCGAAAGAGAUUGCGCAUGGUCUUCAGUUCCUGCACUCCCAUGGCAUUGUCCAUUUGGAUAUCAAACCGGCAAAUGUAUUGGUGUCGAGGGAGGACGUCUGUAAAAUUGUUGACUUUGGCUGUUCACAGAAACUGGAGCUCGGGAGUGAUCUGUCUAGCCUCACGCCCCAAAUGAGUCAUGGCGGAGGCACCUACACCCACCGAGCGCCUGAACUGUUGAAGGGGGAAGACGUGUCUCCGAAAUCUGACAUCUACUCGUUUGGAAUCACUCUUUGGCAAUUGAUCACCAGAGAGCAGCCCUAUACAGGUGACAGACAAUAUGUUUUAUAUGCAGUUGUAGCAUACGAUUUACGCCCCUCGGUCACUGGUGAUGCUUUCUUCAAGUUACUCCAAGGAAAAGUCUGCCUAUCCAUGUUGUCCAAAUGCUGGAGUAGUGAGCCAAGUUUGAGACCAAGCGCGGACGAUGUCCACACAGAUCUGGAUAAGAUCCGAUGCGAGCGAUAAAACAUUUUAUUGAACAUAAUCAAGUCAACCUUUCAUGUUUUACACAUUUUACUUUUACGCACAACUUUUACGCACCGCCGGAUGUUUUACUGAAUUCAAAUGAAGACCAGACUGAAUGGGACACCACACUGGAACCAUAUUGCUGGUCGUUGAUGUGUUUUUUGUGUUGUUUUUUUUCAUACCAUGCUUUUAAUGCAGAAUAGUUUGAGCUGCCAUUGUUCUGCUAAUUCAGUGUUUAAAAUGUACAGCCUUACUAUUUCUAUUCAUUCAAAUUUCAGGAAAAACUAUAUAAAAUCACUUUAAGGUCUACAUUUCUGAUGUAUCCAAGCUGAAGCUAGUUUUGAUCUCAGGACUGAACUGUUUUACUUGUUAAAUAGAUUUAUAAGAAUUUAAGUGUUUACAUGUAAAAUAUAUUUGUAUGUCAGCUGCAGUCUGUGCAUGUAGCACAUUUGAAAUGUAUGUAAUGUUUUAGAUAUUUGAUGAUAUUUCAUUAAACAUCCUUGU